UGCAAUAUCCGUUUUGACUCUGAGGUUUAAGAAUAGGGCUUUCAGGAGGAAUCAGGAGCAGCAGCAAACCUAAGGGAGCUGAGUCCGGGUAGCAGAGACUCAUCCCCUGCAGACAGAGAAGUGACAUCGCAGACAUGGCCCCGGAGAUUCACAUGUCAGAACCCAUGUGUCUCAUUAGGAACACGGAGGAACACCUGGUGACUAACCAGGAAGCCCUGAGGAUCCUGUCAGCCAUCACACAGCCAGUGGUGGUGGUGGCCAUUGUGGGCCUUUCACUCACAGGCAAAUCCUACCUGAUGAACAAGCUGGCUGGGAAGGAGAGAGGCUUUUCCGUUGGCUCCACUGUGCAGUCUCACACCAAGGGGAUCUGGAUGUGGUGUGUGCCCCACCCCCAGAAGCCUGACCACACCCUAGUUCUGCUUGACACUGAGGGCUUGGGAGGUGUGGAGAAGGUUGAUGAAAAGAAUGAUACUCAUUUCUUUGUACUGGCAAUCCUUCUCAGCAGCACCUUCAUAUACAACACGAUGAACAAAAUUGACCAGAGGGCUAUCGACCUACUGCACAAUGUGACAGAACUGACAGACCUGCUCUGGAGAAGAAACUCCCCUGAUCCUAAUCAAGCUGAGGAACCUGCUGACAUGAGCUUCUUCCCAGACUUGGUGUGGACACUGAGAGAUUUUUUCAUGGACUUCGAAGCCAAUGGGCAGGUCAUCACCUCAGAUGAAUAUCUGGAGAAAUCACUGAAGCUGAAGGAAGGUAGUGAUGAAAGAACCCAAACAUUCAAUCUACCCCGCCUGUGCAUCCAGAAGUUCUUCCCAGUAAAGAAAUGCUUUGUUUUUGACUCUCCUGCUCGUGGAAGUAAGCUUUCCCAGCUCCAAACACUCAGCGAUGAUGAGCUGAACCCUGAUUUUGUGCAGGACCUGUCAGAAUUCUGUUCUCAUAUCUUCACCCAUUCUAAGACCAAGACUCUUCCAGGAGGCAUCCAGGUCAAUGGACCUCGUCUAGAAAGCCUGGUGCUGACUUAUGUCGAUGCCAUCAACAGUGGGGUUCUGCCUUCCAUGGAGAACACAGUGGUAACCAUGGUCAGGAGAGAGAACUCCACAGCAGUGCAAAAGGCCAUUGUUCACUAUGACCAGCUGAUGAGCCAGAGGGUGCAGCUGCCCACAGAGACCCUCCAGGAGCUGCUGGACCUGCACAGGACCUGUGAGCAGGAGGCCCUAGGAAUCUUCAGGAAGCAUUCUUUCAAGGAUGACGACCAAUAUUUCCAGAAAGAAUUGGAGAGCCUACUAAGUGCAAAGCAGGAUGAGCUUUGUAAGAAGAACGUGGAUGCUUCUGCAGCCCUCUGUUCCACCCUACUUCAGAGUAUUUUUAAGCCUCUGGAACAGGAAGUGGCACAUGGGCUGUAUGCUAAACCAGGAGGCCACAGUCUCUUCCUUCAGAGGAUGGAACAGCUGAAGGCACAGUACCGUCAGCGGCCAGGCAAGGGGACACAGGCUGAGGAAGUGCUGCAGAAAUACUUGAAUGCUAAAGAACCAGUGAGCAACACAAUUUUACAAACGGACCAGGCUCUCACGGCCAAGGAGAGGCAGAGGAAAGAGGAACAAGCAAGAGCAGAGGCUGCCCUGGCUGAAACACGGAGGCUGGAGGCUCUUCACAUCCAGGAAGAGCAAAGGAGAGCAGAGCAGCAGAGAAGGCAUCAAGAGCAACUGAGGCAGAUAGAGGCUGAGUGGACAAAGUUUGAGGAAGAGAUAUGGAGGAUCACGGUGCCGAGGAGGGCUCAGGAAGAGGCUACAAAGAACAAGGCUGAGCAGGAAGCUGAACUCAGAGCACUUCAUCAGCAGAUCGAAGCCAUAAGGGAACUGAAUCACUGCCGCAAACAUAAAGACUGUAUUAUAAACUAAUAUACCAAACCCUGGGACCCUCCCAUUCUUAUUGUUUUCCCUUGAAGACACAAAGGAACAAGUUACUGAAGGAUUUAAGACAACUAGUAAUUGAGAAGCUCCAGUGCCUCCUGUCUACCUGCCAUAUUUGUCUCAAGAUAUUUUAAGUUACUCAGGGGGUGUUAGGUAGAAUUUGGCCAGUAUCUACAGAUCACAUGGUAUCUCUUCUACUGGUGGACAUAGGAAGAUGGUACAAAUAAAAAAUCAGAAAUGAUUCAUAUUUCUCAACUGGUUGGAGGUCCAUGGACAGUGGGCUGGCUCCUUAGUACAGUCAGCUGCCCAUCUGCAUGUUCUUUCUUUCUAUUUCUUUUUUGGGAACCCUAACACAUUAUAGUCAACUUUGUCACAUGGUCAACUAUCAUGUCAUUCACCUGUGGAGGGAGAUUUGUCCCUCCAGAUCUUGCUGAUUCCUAAUUCUAUCUUUUGUCACAUGAUCAGAGAUAAAGAAAGUCUCUUUAUCACUAAUGCUUUGCUUUUGAUACACAAAAUCAGCAUUUGGUCCUAUCUGUUUCUGUUUUUCUUCCUUAAAGUCUAUCCCCUGCCAGGUAUAUUGCUCACUUUCUACCAUAUUCUUAACCACAGAAUUAUACUGAUUUAAAGUCAUUUUGAUGAUUUAAAAUUUAAAUGAUUUCUCACUAUUCUAAGCUUGUCUCUGUUUUCUGGUUCUAUUUCCUUUAUUUCUUUAAAAUAAAAAAAAAAACCCUGUUCUUAGGAGGGAGGUGAUUGGAGAAGGGAUGGAGAGAAGAAGGUUUAUGGGACAUAUGGGGAGGGGGGAUCCGGGAAAGGGGAAAUCAUUUGGAAUGUAAACAAAGAAUAUAGAAAAUAAAAAUAUUAAAAACAAAACAAAACAAACAAAAAACCCUGUUCUUGGUUAUUCUGUGUGUCUUAAAAUUCUUCUAAUUGCAUGCUGUACAUUGUGGUAACAUAAUUGAUAGAUUUAUGCUUGGAAUGUGCAUUUCCCUUUUAUAUUGAGAUGUAUCUGGCAAGCAUUGUCUCCGUGUAGUUGUUCAGCUGAAAAUAGCCUUAGUUUGUUCGAAUAAAGUACCCCUUGCCUGUAUCUAUCCAGAAGAAAAAUGGGAGGAAGGGAGGGAUGGAGGGAGAGAGGGAGAAUUGAGAAUUACCUAUUUAUGUUGGUCUCAUUCUGUUGUUCAUUAAAAUGGAAUAAAAAUU